ACACAAUUUACUGCUGACAUAACAGACAAAGUAUGUUUUUAUGUGCUUUGUUCUGGAACAUGUUCUCUGUUUAUUAUUUCUAGCAUUGUUGUUUUACCUUUGGCUCAUUUUCUUAUUGUUUGUUUUUUAAGUCAGGAGUGGGACCAAAGGAAAGAAUUCAAUUCAAUUCAAUUUAUUGCUGAAUCACAACAAAGUUAUCUCAAGACAUUUUACAAGGUAAGGUUUAAGACCUUACACAACUAAACCCAACAUAUCUCACAUAUAGCAAGCCUUUAAUUACAAUUUACAGCAACAGUGAAGAGGAAAAACUCCAGCAGAACCCGGCUGGAUGUGGGCGGCCAUCUGCCUUGCAGCACAUGUAGGAUGGUUGGACCAGGGACUGGACACAGGCAGGAUGGUUGGACCAGAGGGAACAGACGUCUACAGGUGCUGUGAAUGACAGGGUUAGCGCAGUAAGGAACCCGGGUUGGGUUCCCCAGUGGCUGUGUGCAGUCUUCAGGUUGUGGUGUUAUCGCUGAGGCCACAGUCUGACCACGUUUGUCUGAAGGCUCCAAUGAGGUUGUUCAGAGAAUUAGUGGGUUUAAAAUCUCUUUACGGUUGAACACAGGUUUUUAUAUCAUCUUGUGUGCAGUUAUAGAGGGGUGUUUUUCCUUUCAUUGUUUUUUUAUUAGUUUUUGUUGUAUAUAUUUGUGAUUGUUUAAUAAAUGUGGUUGUUCUACAUCACAUGUGAUAAUUGUGUUGACUUACAGCUUUUCCACAGCAAGCAGCAGCCUCAUGCACUGAUUCUAACCGCCCUCAUCUCAUCUAAACUUUCCAAACUUGGGAUGUGAGACGCGUUCAUGUCUGUAUCCACUAAGAGGGAGUGGUGCGCUGCUCUAGCGCUAAUCUGGCUUCCAUGCAGAUGUGCCUGUCCUCCCGCCUCCCGCGGGCUUCCUGAUCUUCCAGGAGUUGGAGCAUGUGGACAGAAGAAGCGUCAGAGGAGAAGAACCAGAGCUUCAGUGUCUUCCUACUUUCCUCUUUAGUCCGUGAGUCACAGACAUGAGCGCGUCCAGCUGCGGAAGCAAAGGACAGCACCUGAUGAGGAUGAUGAUGACGAAGGCGCUUCUCUCGCUCGACCAGAUUCCCGCGCCGGUCUAAGAUGCCACCGGCCUCCGGUGUUCGGCACGCGGCUUGGCUCGGGACUAAUCCGGGAUAAAAACCCAACAGAGUCACACACAAAGAGACAAUAAUCAGAUCAUCCGGCCGAGGUGAGUAGAGACCAGAGACCGGAGACUGGAGACGGGAGCAGCGUGAGACCAAAGCCCGAACACAGAAAACCUCCUUACUUCUAGUUGACUUGUGGAAAGUUUAAAACCCUGCUUUUUGAAGCCGAACACUUUAAAACACACUCCUUCUCAGUGCUGCGGUUCUACUUUGGCUGUUUGGCCUUUAGGGAAAACCAAGUGCGUAAGAAGUUUCAGGGCCCGGAGUUAUCAGAUCACAUCUGUCCUGCAGAAAACCACAACGUGCAAGAGCCACGCUUUGUUUUGCACAGUUUUACAGCCAGUUGUCAACAAAUGAAAAUGAAGCCGAACCGUGGAGCGCUCCGUUAAUAAAGCGGGGUCUGCAGCGGUUGCAGCGGUGCCAGUGAUGCCGUCCCUGCGCCUCCUCUCGGCGCUUGUCCUGCUGCUGCUGGCCGCGUCCGACGGACGCAGAAUGCUGGAGCCCGUCAACCGGAUCAACCGGUACCGGAGCAGGACGGAGACGGCGGCGGGAACCGAGCACGGCGUGAAACCACUGGAGAGAGAAAAGAGGUCACACCAGGGAAUGGACGGUGACAAAGAUCCUCGAUAUAAGGAGAAAUUCAUCCAGCACCUGACAGGUCCGUUGUCCUUCCACCCAAAGUGCAGGAAACAGUUUAACAGAAUCUACCACAGCACCAGGGACUGUACCACCCCAGCCUAUUAUAGGAGAUGUGCUGUGCUGCUGGUACGACUGGCCAACAGCCCUGAAUGUGCUGUGAAAAGUGUGGUGCCCACAGUUUCAGACGGACAGGUUGCUGUGACGAAGAGGAAGCGACGCCAUCCUAAGGCCCAUGCGGUUCCAGGCAUCAGGCAGCACAUCCAGAGGUCACCAGCACCAAGCAACAAGCGCUGCUGACUCUGGUUCUGUUUUGGUUCUGGUUCCUUCAAUCAAGAUGUCUUUGUUCUACACCACUAGACUCACCUCAGCUGGUUCCUGCCUGGUUCUAUUGGACUCUACUGUACUGACUGAACAGAUUUCUUCCCAGUGAAGCAACCUUCUCUUUACUGGAUUCUAUUGGCGGAUUCCUGUAAUGAGCUGAAAACAGGCUGGAUCCAACAGACAGAGGAUUUUGUUGGCUUUAAGGACUAAAUAGACAACAACAAACUGUGGCCUCUCUGUCGCGUUCAUCACUGUGCAUAAACACGGUGAUAUAAUAAAUCAGUAUAUUUAAGUUGUUUUGUGACACAUAUACACAUGCAAAAAGGAAUAAAGAUGCACAUUUUAUAUAACUCUAAA